CUGACAGUGUAGGGUUUAAUAGCAGCCACCAUUAUACGCACUAUUUCUCUUUCACAGAAGCCGAAACCCUUUCGCUUCUGUUAUGCUCUGUUUUUCUUCUUUCUUUUUCUCACUCUUUCGUCUUUCAACAUUCCACUUUUCAUUCCCAAAUCGAAUUGAAUCCACUAAUGGCUGAAGGUUUAUUAACCGAAACCGAAACACCGAAACAACACGAUCCAUUCCAGAGAAAAAUCGAUUUCAUCCCUGUUAAGAAACCAUUCAAAGGCUUUUCCAAUGAUUUUCAUAUUGAAACCCUAAACCCUAUCAAAUCCGAACAACGACAGAUAGUUUCCGCUAACGGUACUUCGUCGGGAGUUUCCAAGAAACGCGACGCUUCGGAAUUCUCGGAGUACGGCUUGGAUCCGGAGCUCAGCUUUGGGAUGACUGUUCGUAGAAUAGGAGCUGGACUAUAUAAUCUUGGAAACACUUGUUUUCUAAAUUCAGUGUUGCAAUGUUUGACGUAUACUGAGCCUUUAGCUGCGUAUCUGCAAAGCGGCAAGCAUAAAAGUUCAUGCCACGUUUCUGGGUUUUGUGCUCUCUGUGCAAUUCAGAAGCAUGUUAGCUGCGCGCUGCAAUCAACUGGGAGCAUAUUAUCUCCGAAAGAUCUGGUUUUAAAUCUGAGGUGCAUAUCACGUAAUUUCGGAAAGUCGAGGCAGGAGGAUGCUCAUGAGUAUAUGGUGAACUUACUUGAGUCAAUGCAUAAGUGCUGCCUGCCUUCUGGGGUACCAAGUGAAUCACCUGGUGCUUUUGAGAGAAGUUUGGUUCAUAACAUAUUUGGUGGUCGUCUUCGAAGUCAGGUGAAAUGCCAGCAGUGUUCUUAUUGCUCCAACAAGUUUGAUCCAUUCUUAGAUUUAAGUCUUGAAAUCAAUGCAGAUACACUGCCAAAGGCACUUGCAAAUUUCACAACUCCAGAAUGGUUGGAUGGAGGGGAAAAGCAAUACCAUUGUCAACGUUGCAAGCAGAAAGUGAAAGCUCUCAAACAGCUAACAAUUCAUAAGGCACCUUCUGUGCUAACAAUUCAUCUAAAGCGAUUCCACGCUCUUGAUCCUAGUAAAAAGAUUACAAAGCAUGUUCGAUUUGGCUCUGCACUGGAUUUAAAACCUUUUGUCAGUGGCUCAUAUGAUGGAGAUGUGAAGUACUCGCUAUACGGGGUUCUGGUUCAUUCUGGUUACAGCACUCGUUCUGGCCACUAUUACUGCUAUGUUCGCACUUCCAAUGGCAUGUGGUAUACCUUGGAUGACAAUCGGGUAAAUCAUGUUAGUGAACGAGAAGUUUUAAAUCAGCAAGCUUACAUGUUGUUCUAUGCUCGGGAUAGAAAAAGUAUACCUCCAGCUCCAAGGAAGCCUGUUGGUAUUGCUAAGGAGGAGAAUAUGAAGACUAAUCUCAUUGGAAACAUACAUUCUUCAACUUCAAACAAAGCAUUGAAAGAAUAUCCAAAUGGUCAUGUCGAAAAUAAGUUAUGUGGCGAAACUUCUUUGACCACUGAAACUCAGAAAAAUUUGCCAAAUGCUGGUCCAUCAAGUGUUUCAUGUGUGAAAUAUGAUCUGGUUCAGCAAAAAAAUAGUGAUAUAUUAGCAGAAAGCUUAAUGCACAAAUCUGUGUCUGAACUUCCUUCCAAAGAACAUACACAGAAUAACUCAUCGGAAGAGCUCUCUGUUGCUAACUCAGAACUUGAAUGUUUGUCAUCCUUAGAUCACUCUGGGAAAGACAAAAUCCCUGGUAAUCAGAAUUGUUUAGCUGCACCAGCUGCAGAGAGGCCUAAUUUGUUCAAUCAGGAUGCGAUUUUAAAAGAGGGUGUCAAAAAAUCACCUUUAGUAGUGCCAACCCUCAGUAAUCCCCAGACUUUUACUGCUAAACAGGCUAGGGACCGAACAUCACAGUUGCAGGAGAAUGAUGCCCCUGCUGAGGUUGAUGCUGUUGCCGCUAAAGAUUCAUCCACAAAAUUGUCAGAGAGCACUGGCCUUGUUGGAACUUCGACUAGUUCGGUUUAUGCGGAAGCAUGCACUUUAUAUUGUGAGAAUGCAGUAGUUUCUCAGGGACUGGUUCUUAAAGGUUCAUCAAAUAGAUCAAGUAUCUCAAGUCUUAAUCAAAAGCAUGUGAAAAAACCAAGAAAGAAGUUUCUAAAGUACCAGCUAUCGGGAAUGCGUAUUCGCCCGCUCCUCUGUUUGAUGACAUACUUAGGCCCAGCCAAGAAGAACCACAAAAAAAGUAAACGCUGCAUGUUGCGUUUGAAGUAUCAUAGUAGAAAAAAGUUGAAUAAACAUGCUAACUCAUCAGAUGUUGGGCCAUCUACACCUGGAAAAGCUCAUUUGCCCCCCUCUGUGACAAGUUAUUCAGAAAGUAAAGCAACUAUGGCUGGUCCAAUACCUGAUGCCAAUAUUAAAUCUAAUGAUGUAUCUCUGAUGGAUGAUUUUGCCGAACAUGAGUUUAGGAAGAGAAUUGAUCAGAACUGUGCUGUGCUUGCAACAGCUACCCAAGCAGAAGAUAUAUCCCAAUGUUUAACGGUAAAUGAAUUUGAAGCUGGACAAGCUUAUAGCAGCGUACAGGAUGAUGAGAGUGAUCAAAUGCAUAAUAAUGUAAUGAGGAUGCUCACUCGAGGUCUAGAGGAGACAGUUGUUUCACGUUGGGAUGAUAUAGAAUUACCUUCAUCUCAGCCCUUGGUGUCGAAGAAUGACCAGAUUGCCAGCAUUGGAUAUGUUGGGGAUGAAUGGGAUGAGGAAUAUGAUAAGGGGAAAAGGAAGAAGUUAAGGGAUUCGAAGCAGCAGAGGUUUGGUGGGCCAAAUAUUUUCCAAGAAAUUGCUACUGAGAAAUCCAAGUUAAAAAGGGCUAAAAGGAACCAUUCUACCUCAGGGAACCCUCCAUUUAGGAUAUGACUAAAAAAAUCCCAUCUAUCCUAUGUGGGUUUCUUGUUGCAAUUAUCGAUUUGUCAAACACUGAAAAUGUGGUGAAGAGAGCACAUACCUUAUUCUUUUUUCCAGUACAAAUUCUAUUGGCUGCAUCAUAUUGUCUUUGGAGCUGAGCUGCGGAGGAUUAGGUUUUUAAUGUACCCCGUAGGGCACUUCUCAUUUCAGAGUUCAGACAACUAUUAGCUGCGUGCAUGUUUGAGAAGUGAAAAGUGAAAUCCAUUGUAUUUCUGCUGUAUUAGCUGCCUGUCGAAGCUCAAAUUUUGUUCAUGAAUUUAAUUUAAAUUUUUUUUACUAUGCAUAAUGUGUCUGUGUCUUAGACAGAAGUUUUUAUUUGGCACAUGUCUUGAGUUUGAUUAGGUGGGAAAAAAACGUUAAAUGUCGUGUGGUUUAAUUUUAAGAAAAGAAAUUCAAGGUAAUUUAUUUUGUAUAAA